CCGACCCGCCACAUCACUAAAACCCAUCAUAUCAUCUGAAACAACCCAACCCUCUAAGGUUUGACCUUUAAACUGACCAACCCACUCAAAUAAGUCGGUGCCCAACAAAUGAUAGUAUCUUUAAGCUCUAAACUCCAUUAAUGACCUUAACUUCCUUUCACACUUUACCUCUUCUAGAAACAAAAAAUGGUCCCAUAGAGAUUCCUUUUCGCUCACACCACCACCACCAAAUCUCCAUUUCCACCCGAAUCCAAGCUCCGCCGGAGAAAUGCCCCUCUCGUUUCUCCUCCACUCCUCCUCUUCUCGCUGCUAGUAGGUGGUGGUGCCGCCUCUAAUUCCUCCACCGGCAGUUCCCUAUCCGACUGGAGUGUCACUCGAGCGAUGUACUACCUCGCAUCCGACCCGCGGUACACCAUCGGCGGGGCUUGCGGCUACAGCGACUUGGUCUGGGCCGGGUACGGGAUGGCGACGGUCGGGCUGGGCGAGUCCCUGUUCGAGCGCGGCCAGAUUUCCGGUGCGUGCUUCGAGCGCAGCAACGACCUCCGGUGGUGCAUGCUGGGGACUUUGAUUAUCGUUGCGGUGACAAAAUUUUGUCUUUAUAAUUUCGAAUAGAGGGGAAGAGGAAGAGGAAGAAAGUCGGGAGGAAGGAAGGAGGUGCAAGAUCAAAGAAGGGGAUAAAUGGAGAUCUCUUUUAGAUUUUAGGGAUUUAAUUUGUUUGGAUCGGUCAGUUCAAAGAUCAGGUUUGGUUUGGUUAGAGGGUUGGGUUGUUCCAGAUGACAUGGCAGGUUAUAGUGACGUGGCGGGUCGCGUCUCACUAUUUUGUGUUAAAUAGGGUUGAUUAGACUAUUUCGUCCACCACAUCAUCACUUAACGGACUUAAUUAACAGAGAUGGACGAC